GCAGAGUUAGCCUGGCAGCAGAGAAUGGGUCCCAGGGCACGCAGGAAUACCAGGCAACGACAGGGCCGGCCAGGAAGCCAAGGCUGCUGCGACAACAGGCAGGCCAAAGAGAGGGCCAGACAGGACUUCGAGGAGUACUGGGCCCAGAACAUGCCAAAACGUUACGCCGAUCUUGAGAUCCUCUUCGAGGGGUGUGACGGCGCGGAUUCGGACACUGGGUUGUCAUCUAUAGAGAGGAAGCUCCUACGCUUCACACUUGGGAAACUAUACGCCAGCCGGACCGGGCAUGGAGACUUCAAGGAUUACCACUUACGCUGUAACCACGAGGACGCAGAGUGCCACUGUCAAUGCAGCUCCCCCAAGUCCCCUGAUCGAAAUUUGACCAACCCCUUUUCUGCCGAUAUCCAAGAAAGUUAUGCCAGGUUUUGGAAAGAAUUCGAUCAAACUGCAGCAGUAUCAUGCGAGCGGACAAUCGAGGAAGCUUUACAUGAAGGGAGAAAAAUUGGAGAUCUGAACUACGGCAUGCUAACGGGAAGUUUGCAUUUGGUCAGCGGCGCACUUUAUCUCUUUAGAGAAUCCCAAUUCCUAACACCCUGAAGGCUAGUAAAUGGAGAGUAGUCGCAAGAGUGUAACAUCUAAGCAAUAAAGACCCUUCCUACUGUUGCGUACUCUUUGAUUCUAUUAUUUUGUUUGGACAGCG